CCGACGCGCCAACAAGCCGCCCAACAGUCCUCACUGCCAGAGGACAGAAGAGAGCUCUGAAUAACCACAGUUAUCAAUAGAUAUCCUCACACAAGAGGGUUUGACCGUUGAACGAGGGAUUGCUGCUGCUCCCAGCACAGCUGUAAUCUUACAGUGGAUUAAAUUUAAGGCAAAGAAGAAGAGAAAAGCAUCAGUGCAGUUAGAGAAGAAGACUGGAGAGAGACUGUUGCUGCUGCUCAGAUUCAAACACCCAGAUAUUUAGUCUUACGGAAGAAGUUCCUCAUGGGCAAAGGAUGAAUUUCUUGCUGCAAGGAGCCUACAAACAAUUAAGUGGUUCAUCUGCAGUUAUGGACGUUCCCCAGCAGAUACAUUGAUUACCAUCUUUGCCUCCUGCUGAAUGUGGAAAGCCUAGGAUGGAUGACCCACCAAGUGCUGCUCUGAGGCAUUGGAAAAACACCCCAAACUACCACCACCUCAACAAUCUCACCUCAUCCUCUGUACAAAUCCCCUGCUUUGUCAUUAUCUCCAAUCAGACAGAGACCACUGCCACCGGGUGACAAGAUUCCAGGAUGGUUAUGAACUUCCGGCGGAUCCGAAGAGGCCAGUGUGUGCAGCUGAUGACCACCUGCCUGGUGCUAUCAGUUGUGAUGGUUUGCUGGGAGCAGCUGGACAACAGUGUUGUCAGCCAUGUCAAGUCCUACUCCUAUCGCUACCUGGUCAACCGCUACACCUACAUUAACAAGAGCCUCACCAUUCCACGCGAGCAGGCCAGGAGCUUCAGCAACUUCCAGUACCUGCUGGACCAUCCAAACAAGUGCGUGGGUAAGGACGUCCUACUCCUCCUCUUUGUGAAAACAUCACCUGAGAACAUCGAAAGGCGUAACGCUAUAAGGUCCACCUGGGGUAAUGAGACCUACAUCCGAACCACCCUGGGAGUGACAGUCAAGGUGGUAUUCGCCUUAGGAGCACCUCGGACCAAGAAGGACGAGCCCUCGUGGAGCAAGAGAAGCGGUGUUGGUUUUCAGGAGCUGCUUAUCCACGAGGACCGUCUUUAUGGUGAUUUGAUCCAGCAAGACUUUCUAGACUCCUUCCACAACCUCACUCUGAAACUUAUCAUGCAGUUCCAUUGGAUGCAUAGUCGCUGCGCACACGCUCGCUUCCUCAUGACUGCAGAUGACGACAUCUUUGUGCACAUGCCCAACUUGGUGAGCUACUUGCAGGACAUGAGCGGCAAGGGCGUCACAGACUUCUGGAUCGGUAGAGUGCAUCGGGGCGCGCCACCGAUCCGCAGCAAAGACAGCAAGUAUUAUGUGCCCUUUGAGAUGUACCAGUGGAUCUCAUACCCAGAUUACACAGCUGGGGCUGGGUAUGUCGUCUCCAGUGACGUGGCAGAUAGAAUUUAUCAUGCCACGCUGACCCUGAAUGCUUCUCUUUACAUAGAUGAUGUGUUCAUGGGCAUCUGCGCUAACGCCAUUGGUGUGUCCCCACAGGAGCAUGUCUAUUUCUCAGGUGAAGGAAAAGCACCAUACCAUCUAUGCAUAUACAACCAGAUGAUGACCUCACAUGGUCAUGUAGAAGACAUAUAUGACCUGUGGAAGGCAGCGACGGACCCGCAGGUGAAACAGAGGACGUCUGGACUCAUAGGAAGGCUAUACUGCACAGCUGUGAAAGUGUCACUCCUGUGUAAACCUUACUUUUUCAACACAUACCCUUGCAAAGCUGCCUUUUUGUAGUAUUACUUCAGGGUUGUGUGUGACAGAGAGAGGGAGUGCGUCAUUGGUCAUGUAGAAAGGAGGAUGACCAUUGCAUUAUUACCUCAGUCCUACCAGUCGGACACCCACGUGAAAAUGCGGAAGUGUGUGUGAUCCGUGUUUCAAAAGACCAGAGGAUUUAUGUUUGUGUGAUCAUCAUGUCAGAGAUGCUGAAUCUAAGUGGUUUAAUAAUGUAACACUGGAUCUGCAUGACAGAAUAAUGUGUUAAAGUUUGGCUCUUAAAAGAUGCUAUUUUCACUCCUUUCUUAGUCAAAAAAAAUAUUUGAGAGAUGAAGUUCUUUACUGUCCAUCACAGGUGGUUAAUAAAGAGAUCCUUUAUCUGCUGUAAUACAUGAACAAAUGGCCAAAACUCUGUUUAAAUAGAACCAUUAUUUUUCUAGAAACAUUUUGCUAUCUCAAAAGUCAAAUGAAUACAGUUUUUUUUGUUGGUUUUUAAAAUCAGGCCUAGAAAUUCUGCAUUUUUUAAAUAGUGGUGCAGACUUAAAGUAAUACAUUUGGGUGUUGAUGCUGUGUGUGUCAAUACAAAAAAAUGAAUAAAAAAUCACACAGUUGGUCAGUGAUGUGUCUGAGCUAAAACUGUACCCAUGUCAUGAAGUGUGAAAUUCCUCACAGUGAUGUAAUGUUCAUGUGAAACCACUGCUCAAACAGUUUCUGUGCUGAAAAUACCUAUGAAGUCAUGAUGAGCAACAAAUCAUGGGUUCAAAAAUUGUUUGUGUUAGAUCCUUUUUGUAAUAAAAUUUGUGAAAAGUGUUUUAUAAGAAAUAAAAU